AUGCAGGCCCUCGUGGAGAGCUCCCAAUCUAGUGGGGGCACAACACAAGCGCCUGAGGGCUCUUCAGACGCCGGUGCCCACCCUUUACCCGAGGUCCCUCCGAAUCUUCAAGGAACAGGCAAAAGUCAACUUCUUGAGGUACCAAACGUGGCAAUAGCUGCGGUAGAGAUCCCGGGGAAGGCCAAGAGGCGAUCAACUGUGAUUCGCAUACUCGGGGGGUGCGAGGCUGCUUCCCGAGGAGUGGCAUGUGGGGACCGUGGGGAGCCCCUAAUACUGAGGCUAGGGUGUAGUAGCAACAGCAGCAACAGCAGCAGCAGCAGAUGGGGGCAGAUACCUGCUUGUCGGCAAAGCGCAGCAGGCAUUCUGGUGCGCCGGAGGGUCCGGAAGUCAGGCGCUGUAGAGUUUGAGACCGUAGGCAGAGUGAUACAGCGCCACGUUUUCACCGGCCUCGCCGACUUCUACUUCGUGCCGCCGCCCGGUCACCGCGGCGAAGAGUCUUUCGAGGCUCAAGUGGUGGCAGAGGCGCAGCGCGCAUGCAGCGGCAACGUAAGCAAUACGCAGGAGCCCCCAUACAUACCGCCUCCCUUCUUCUGCAAAGGCCAGGCACCAUUUCCAUACAAAAUUGAGGCCCCGCCGGCCCCUACAUUUGCUGCGGAAGCUCCACGAGAGUCGCCUACCGAGCAGCAGCAGCAACACCAACAGCAAGACCGCCAACGGUUACAUCAGCAGCGAGACCAGCUGCUGCUGCAGCCGGAAGUGCAUGUUGACGUCGAAAAGCAGCAGCAGCAGAAAGAGUCUCCUCAAGAGUUCCCUUCCCCGAGACAUGCCAGCAGCAGCAUUUCUGCAACACAACCCGCGACGGCAGAUGCAGAAAUAGAAAACGCAGCGCAAACAGAAGAAGAUGAAGCAACAGCAGCAGGAACAGCCGGGGCAGUACAAGCAAGGCUGCUAACAGCACCGGCAUCAGCAAGAUCACAAACGAAGACAAAUGAAGAAGGAGGCGCCUCAAGCAUACUGGAGAGUGACAAAAUUACCCUCGGAGCUGCUGCAAAGGCUGCAGCUGCAAGAGCAGCGGGGACUAGAGGACAUCGAGCACCCCGUUUUGUUCCUUCGCUACCAGCAGCAGCAACAACAACAACCGCAACGAAAGCUGCAGAAACAGCAGAAGCAGCAGCAGCAACAACAGGGAAACUAACGGAGCAAGUACCCCAAUCAUCGGUCAUUUCUGAUGCUGCACCGCUAGACGCAAUUGACCCCGCGCGAAGUGGACGCCAAGAUGGUGAAGAUGCAGCUGCCGUUGCUGGUGCUGCUGCUGCUGCAGAACAGGGAAGCGCAGAAGCAGUAGCAGCAAGUUCUUCAGAGUCAGCACGGGAAUUGACGUCAGACGCGGCCACCUUUUCCAAGAGCUACCAGGCAGGUCCAUCAACAGUAACUGGGAGCAGCAGCAGCAGCAACAACAAAGAUGACAGCACCGCAUUUAAUGCUGUCGGCCGCAUAGGCGAUGAACAGCUCCCCGUGGCACCCCCUCCCGCAGCAGCUAGGGCCUUUGCAGACCGCAGCUUGCUGCUGGCCCUCGAAGAACUGCUGCAGAAACAGCCCGUAUGGCUUAGACCUUCUUUAGAUGCACAUCUGCCACCCACAUACACGGCAUGGAGAAAGAAGCCUGCCUAUGCCAAGACAUGCUUCUUAUUUGCAGAUGGGCCUUUCCGUGGCUGUCUCUGCCGGCUCGGCUAUGAUCCUCGAAAAGACCCUGAGAGCCGCCACUACCAGACAAUUGACUUCAGAGACCCUUUUUUCCGUUCUACCAACUGGAAAGCUGCCGCUGCAGGAGGGGGCCCUCCGCCGAGCUCGGGUCAGCAGCAGCGAGGAUGGCUUCACAAAGACACCCUUAAAACACUUCGUGCCCUCAUGUCACUCAAAAGCAGGCGCAUGCGUUCGGGGGAGAGCGACCAGCCGCAUCAGCAGCCUCGUCUGCAGGGGUAG